AUGAGUGAGGAUAUUCUCCUGCAAGUGGUGAGUGCUGUGGAGAGUAGUCCUGUUUAUUCUCUGCAACUGGAUGAGUCGACAGAUGUUGCCUCAUGUUCCCAACUUAUUGUUUAUGUUCGCUACCUUGACAAGGAAGAAAAUGACGAUGUUGUGACCAAAUUCUUUUGUUCUAGGAUUUGGGGCCAGGCAGUGAGGGGCGUGGACUGCGGGGAAGAGGCAGCCCAGUGGCUCUCUGAAGUACUUUACAAAGGGGAAAUGGGCGUCCGCUUACUGUAUACAGCAAAAGUCAUGAAAAGUCGACCUCCACGAAGACUGGACUACUAUGACUUUCCGCAGAUCCAAAACAAUGACACGAUGUAUUACGCGGACACUAGUGCCUACAAUGUAGCUUCUCAGUCUUCAUUAGAGGACUUAAACAGUCGACUUGCUCAACCUAUUGAGAUGAAGAACUUUCGUCCCAACAUCGUAAUCUGUAGAGCACCUCCGUUUGCUGAGGAUGACUGGCUCUAUCUGAAGAUUGGGGAUGCUGUCUUCAGAAAAAUCAAGCCAUGUGAAAGGUGCCUGCUGACCACAGUAGACCCAAAGAGUUAUGAACGGGAUCCAAACCAAGAACCUCUCUCCACUCUCCGCACGUACCGGCUCAUAAAGGAUCCACCUAAGUUGGCAAAGGUAUGGGCAACGAAGCCUGUCUUCGGUGCUAACAUGGCUAUCGACAUUGGAGGAUCAAUUUCGGUUGGAGACAAAGUUUUUGCUGCCACAGUGUCUAAGAACCCUAGCUUCUCCAUUUUCCAUGAUAUGGAUUAAAUAUAUAAUGUUUAGCAAUGUAAUUGUAAAUUGGUAUUGUGAGUAAUAAUAUAAAUAUAUUUAUGCUGUUGCACUUGAGGAAUUGUAAAAGGAAGAUGAAAGAGCAUAGUUCUGAAGGUUAAACAAAACAUAACCUAUUUCAAGAAAGGCAUUGCCCAUUUUCUGUACUUCCUAGACACAAAUGUAAUAACAGAAAAUUCAGGACAUAAUUAUAUAUUUCCCUUGCUCACAUUUGUUGGUGUUAAUUAGUUCCUUAGUCUCAUAUAAUAUUCAUUUGUUAUCCUAACAUCCAUUUAAGCCCAUAUCUCAAAUUAUGCACAGCUAAACACAAGAUUUAUAAUAUUUUCAUUCUUUCGUUUCUUUUUCCCAGGCAUUCCGCGUGGAAAUUCUUUCUUAACCAGUAAAAAUCACGAGCACGCAUAACUCCAUAUAAAACACACCCAUAACGAUACUUCCACCCUCCUUCAUAUCUAUAAAAAAAAGUUUUAGUUGUCCUGGUGAUCAAGCUAGGAAAGUGUCCCGCCAGACCAGUCAGACAAGUGUUGUGUGUCAGCUUUUUUCUUAAUUUCCUUUAGUGUAAGUACAUUCAGUCUUUAGUAAGUUUUAUUACGUAACUAUCCAAAUAACACCUAAAUAGUGUACUCAAUCACGUCUUUAGUUUAACAUCCCUUUCCCCAUAGUGUAGAAUCUCGUGGGAAAAUUGGCCCUUCCAGUAUUUCGCUCGCGUUCCUACAUCUCACUGGAUGUUAUUUUUUUUCCCCUGCAGCCUUACUUUAGGUUUUCUCGAGUCAUUUAAUUUAUUUGUAACAAAUCAUAUCUCACUACUGAUUUGAGAACAUCAGUCAGAUAUUUUAAAUUGCGGCAGCAAUAUCAAUUUUUUCAUUAUUAUUGGUAUUCACUCAGUCAUUUAGAACUCUAGUUUAUCAAUUUCUUUUAAUUAUUUAUCGUUUAAAUCCUACACAAAAAAGUCAGAUCAUAAUACAAAUUACAUUCUAGGCAAACAUGUAUGUAUUGGCAUGACCGCUGUUUAGCUUAUAAAAUUAUAAUCCUUUCCAUCACACUCUUAACUGCAGUUUUUUUUUUUUAAAGUUAUAAAUGUACGACUGUAAAGGGCGGGAAUUUACCCAUAUUUUAAUCUUUUGUCGGUUAGUAUGAUUAUAAUUGUGAUGACUGCACUAAAUAUAGAAAUUUCCCCAGAAACCAUACAUGUUUAUAUACAUAUAAUCAAUGAAAGAGCUAAAACACAAGGGAUCUCACCUUGACAUUAUUAGUAUCAAAUAUGAGUUAAACUGAUCUUAUAAAUAUGAAAUAGCUGAAAACACUUUUUAGGCAUAGAUAAAAAGAUACUGUGUUUUCAGGAAACUGCCGCAGUGAGGUAUAUACAUGGCUGACAAUGCUGCAAGUUUAUUUAUAGAGCUGGUGAGGUGUCAGACGCUGUUCCACUCUCAGGACGUGUCCCACUCUGAUGUGGGAGUGCGGAUAACCCAUUGUUUU